CUCGCUCGCUCGCUCCCUCCUUCUCGUCCAGUCGCUGCUACGCACCUCGUCACCCAACUGCAAAAAUGGCCGAGAGGCAAAAGCACGAGGGCCGCGUGAAGAUCGGUCACUACCUGCUGGGCGACACGCUGGGCGUCGGCACCUUUGGCAAAGUGAAGAUUGGAGAGCAUCAGCUGACAGGACACAAAGUGGCCGUGAAGAUCCUGAACCGGCAGAAGAUCCGCAGCCUGGACGUGGUGGGCAAAAUCAAGCGGGAAAUUCAGAACCUCAAACUCUUUCGCCAUCCGCAUAUUAUCAAAUUGUACCAGGUGAUCAGCACGCCAACGGACUUCUUCAUGGUGAUGGAGUACGUGUCGGGGGGCGAGCUCUUUGACUACAUCUGCAAACACGGGCGGGUGGCAGAUGCAGAGGCCCGGCGCCUGUUCCAGCAGAUCAUCUCGGCUGUGGAUUACUGCCACAGACACAUGGUGGUCCACAGAGACCUGAAACCGGAGAAUGUGCUGUUGGAUGCCAACAUGAACGCCAAGAUCGCCGACUUUGGUCUCUCCAACAUGAUGGCAGACGGGGAGUUCCUGAGGACCAGCUGUGGCUCUCCUAAUUAUGCGGCCCCCGAGGUCAUCUCAGGCAGGCUGUAUGCUGGACCAGAGGUGGACAUCUGGAGCUGCGGGGUCAUCCUGUACGUGCUGCUGUGUGGCGCCCUGCCCUUCGACGAUGACCACGUGCCCACCCUCUUCAAGAAGAUCAAAGGUGGGGUCUUUUACAUCCCGGAGCACCUGAGCCGCUCGGUGGCCAACCUGCUCAUGCUGAUGCUGCAGGUGGACCCGCUGAAAAGAGCCACCAUCAAGGACAUCAGAGAGCACGAGUGGUUCAAGGUGGAUUUGCCCGACUACCUCUUCCCAGAAGACCCCGCCUACGAUGCCAACGUGAUCGACGAGGAGGCCGUGAGGGAGACGUGCGAGAAGUUUGAAUGCUCCGAGGUGGAGGUGAUGAACAGCCUGUUCGAUGGAGACCCCCAGGAUCAUCUGGCCGUGGCGUACCACCUCAUCAUCGACAAUCGCCGCAUCAUGAACCAGGCCAGCGAGUUCUACUUGGCAUCCAGUCCACCUUCUGGCUCCUUCAUGGACGAGAGCCUGCCACUGCCCCCCGGACUCAAGCCUCACCCAGAGCGGAUGCCCCCUUUAGUUACCGACAGCCCCAAGCCACGUUGUGCACUCGAUGCCCUCAACACUACCAGGCCUAAGCCCCUGUCUGUCAAGAAAGCAAAGUGGCACCUGGGCAUCCGCAGUCAAAGCAAGCCCUUUGACAUCAUGGCCGAAGUGUACAAAGCCAUGAAGGAGCUCAACUACGACUGGAAGGUGGUGAACCCUUUUCACUUACGGGUGCGGCGCAAGAACCCCGUGACUGGCAGCUACGUGAAGAUGAGCCUGCAGCUGUACCAGGUAGCCAACCGCAGCUAUCUGCUGGACUUCAGAAGCAUCGACGAGGAUGCUACAGAGCAGAAGUUGAGCAUUGGUGCCCCCCACCCACCGAUCGUUCGCCCUCAGCUCAGCACGGACACAGCUCCAGUGGAAGGGUCAGUAGUGGGAAUUGUGCCCUCCAGCCCUCCCCGCCCAGGCAGUCACACCAUGGACUUCUUCGAGAUGUGUGCCAGUCUGAUCACCACAUUGGCACGCUGACAUAAUGCACACUGGGGUCUCA